AUGAUCAUCGACGCAACUGCAAGACAUGGAAUACGAGGAACCAUCAGAUCUCUGCUCUCGCCACAGAGCACGUCGAGCGAUUGCAACGAAAGAUCUACUCCGCAAUACGUAUGUGCACGCAAGAGAUACGAAAGCGGAAGGAGGGGACGAAUAUGUGUUUAUCGGAUCGGCGAUGAACGUACAGACCGUGGCGGACGCAGAGUCAGGCUAUACACCAAUGUAGAAGGUGCCAAUCUCGACGAAGACGAGCGACAAAGUUUCAUCGGCAUUGAGCAUACUGGUAACUACAACAUGAGCAGCAUCACAAGGCACAAAAAGGGCCGAACCCCGCCAACGCCAGAUAGAGGGAUAAAAAGCAAAAUAGAGUUACAGAAGCUAGAUGUCAAACCUUGCGAUCUAAGCGACGACGGUUCUGACAGGCGUUCCAAGAGCGACGGUACGGCUUCGUCUCAAGCUAAGGGAUUAAGCUCAAGCUCGAACAAAGAGUCCAUCGUACUUCGACCUGUUGACAAACGAAGGCGUUCACGUCGGAAGCCACAAAAUGAUCCGCAUGAAGGAGUGGGCGUGGUGGAUCGUUGUCGGUCUCCAAAUCAGACCCUUAGACGGCAUAAGGCUAGUCGAUUCGGGGAUCGGUUAUCACGAGAAGGGCCCGUAGAUGAUGAACUAGGAGCCUAUUGCUCAGGCGCGCUUCCAAUUCCACAACAUCAACUGCAUCGACUGAGCCUGGAAGCAGCGCCAACUGAACCUCCGAGAAGAACUCCUAAAACCACUAUCGGCAGUACCAUCAAACUCAUCAAUGACUUGAGAAGUGACACAUCAGGGGCUACCAAACAUCGUCAAAUCAGUGGGAAGCAGACUGGUUCUGUCGUCUCAGAAGCGCCUGGGAGCCCGUUCAGGCAACCAGGGUUGACUCCACAGGAGUCAUCGGACCUGAUCUUCGGCACAAGCUUCGAGAUGGCAUCGCGGAGGAAGCUACGAGCGGGUAGCAUGGACGAUUGCAUUGCGCCAGACGUGCAUGAGUUCGCAUCACACCUUGUACGCGAUCAUCCGCUGGACGAGGCCGAACAGAAGAAGGAAGCACGUAGCUCAUCUCACAAGUCAAACACUUUGAAUCUCAAACAUCUCCCUUCCGGCGUCAGCGGAGCGCAGAAGCCGCAAUAUGUUGCAAAGAUUGCCUUGGAACAGGUUUCUAUUGAUAUGCUCGGAAUAGCCCAUGCUCAGACCAGUGCGCCAUCCUAUCGCUCCAUAACAACGACCACACCUGGUACCCCCCCUUACACACCAGACAAGGGCGAAUUGGACCAGAAGUAG